AUGUCAAAUCGCCAAAUAUCAUUAAAAGAGAAUAAUAGUGUAAAUGCUAAUGUAAGAUCAUUGAUUAAUUCGAAUACAUUCAAUGAUACUUUUGUAAAUAGCAAUAUUACAAAUGAUGCUAAUAUACAACAUAUUUUGAAAAUGUAUGCAAAUGAAUUAUAUUCAGCGGAUGAUCACAAAAGCGAUUAUUCUCACAUAAAUAAAGACCAUUUGCUUCACCAUAAAACAGGACAAACUAGUAAUAAUACAUAUUUAACAAGUAUGCACCAUUCAAGUAAUAUAAUAAAUUCUAUAAAUGAAAAUCAAAGAUUACCACAAAAUAAUAACUACGGUUCAUGUAUCCUUUCAAUGGAAAAUAAUAUUGCAAAUGUAAAGAAUUCUUUCUGUUUAUCUUCACCAUUAAACGAUGAAAAUAAAUACACACAAACUCAUCAUGAUGAACAAAUGACUGAACCUGAAAACGCAGUGAUCUCAAACAAUAUUCAUGAUAAAAAACAUCAAUAUAAUUCAAUAGAAUGUGGGAAUAAUAGAUUGAAAUCUAAUGUUGAAACAAUUAAUAUAAGAAAUAACACAGAUAUAUCAUCAUCAGGUUUUUAUGGAUACAAUUGCUCACUAAUUAAAAGUUGCCCCAAUAUCAUAAGUACUUGUCUAAAUAUCAAUAGUAAUAAAGAUGAUUCAAAAAGGGCCAAUGAUUUCAACAGCAAUAGGAACCCCCCUAAUUAUGAAUCAUUUUCGAUUAAAAGCCAAUAUCCUUCAUUGCAUAGUUAUAAUGGUAAUACUAUGGACGAUUACCCGUUAAGUUAUUCCAAAGUAAUAACCAAUGGAAAUGAUGAAACAUGUACAAAUAUAUCCGAUAUGAAUAAUAAUAACAUACAAAAAAAUGUUCAAAAUGAUGAAAGCGAAAAUUGUAUUAAUUUUUCUAAUCUAGAUGGUAAAGAAGAAAUUAAUAAUCAAGAAACGAAUAAUAAAAAUUGUGAAUUCAAAAAUAAAAGCAAUAUACGUAACUGUAGAAGUGAGUGUGAUCUUCAAAGGGAUUCUAUAAAACACACACCAAAUCUAGUAAAAAAUUAUUCCGAUUGUAAUAUUAGAUUGAAAGAAGAUGAAAAUAAACAAUGUUAUAGCGAAAAUGGUAAUAACAAUACAAAAAAGGAUUCAUCAUGUUACAAUAAAAAACCAAAAUGUUAUUCACUAGAUGAUAUAAAAAAAGGGAAAAUUGAAGUCCCCAAUAUUAUAUUCACAAAAUUACCAUUUAAUACAAAAGGUGAUAAUGCAAUAGAUUCAUAUAUAAAAAAUAAUAAAUUGCUAAAUUUUAUGGAUGAUUGCAAUAAUUCAACUAAUCUUAUUUUAAAAUAUCCAGAAUUGUUAAAACACCAAAGCAAGAAAAUUAAAGUAACACCCCAAAUUGCACAGGAAUUAAGAAGUAAAAUAGGUUCAUCAAUUAUAUACGAUGAUGAGUUUGACAGAAAAAGGCAUUCUCCAAAUGUUCAAAAUUUGCAAAUGGGAAAGGUGUUUGAAAAGCACGUUUUUAGCAUGUUAAAAAAUAAAAAGGAAUUAGGAAAGAAUAUAUUUAGAUACAGUAAUAAAUAUAAAAAAUAUAAAUAUAAUAAUGAAACUGGAUUUUGGAUGAGUAAUAUCGAUAAAAGGCGUUUAAUAAACCCUGAAAAAAACGACAGCUACAUUACAGAACUCGUUUAUGAAAAAAAUGAAUCAUAUUCCGAAGUAAUGAACAAAUUAAUGAAUUGUAAAAAUUAUCAUGUUAUACCACCUAUAAAUGAUUUUUAUAAAGAUAAUAAUUUUUAUUCUCUUUUGCAUAAAGAGAAAAUGCUUACUGGUGAUCUAAAUACUGAAAUAGCAACUAUUAUGCGUAGAUACGACAUUGAUGGUGUUUCAAAUUAUAAAACGAUUAGCUCAGAUGAAUGUAUAACAUCUUGGAAGUAA